AUGGGCGCCGCGGGCUCCUCCGCUCUGGCCCGCCUGGGCCUCCCGGCGCCGCGGCUCCCCGCGCAGCCCCGGCCGGCUUGGCUGGGGGUGGCCGCGCUGGGCCUGGCGGCCGUGGCGCUGGGGACGGUCGCCUGGCGCCGCGUUGGGCCGGGCCGGCGCCGGCGGCGGCAGCAGGUGGGCACCGUGGCGCAGCUCUGGAUUUACCCGGUUAAGUCCUGCAAGGGGGUGCCGGUGAGCGCGGCCGAGUGCACCCCCAUGGGGCUGCGCAGCGGCCACCUGCGCGACAGGUUUUGGCUUGUGAUCAACGAGAAGGGCAACAUGGUGACGGCCCGUCAGGAACCUCGUCUGGUCCUGAUUUCCCUGACCUGUGAGGGGGAUGCCCUGACCCUCAGUGCAGCCUACACGAAGGACCUGCAGCUGCCCAUCACCGCACCCGCUAGCAAUGCGGUGCUCAAGUGCAGAGUGCACGGCCUGGAGAUCGAGGGCAGGGACUGUGGUGAGGCCGCAGCCCAGUGGAUAACCAGCUUCCUGAAGACUCAGCCCUACCGUCUGGUGCAUUUCGAGCCUCACAUGCAACCGAGAAAUUGUCACCAAAUAGAGGAACCAUUCCCACCCACAGACCAGGUCGCUUACCCAGACGCCAGCCCAUUCCUGAUCCUCUCUGAGGCUUCGUUGACUGAUCUCAACUCCAGGCUGGAGAAGAAAGUGAAAGCAAUUAACUUCAGGCCCAACAUCAUAGUUUCAGGAUGUGGUGUCUUCGCAGAGGAUUCAUGGGAUGAACUUCUUAUUGGUGACGUGGAACUUAGGAGGGUGAUGGCUUGUUCCAGGUGCAUUUUAACCACCGUGGACCCAGACACUGGCAUCAUGAGCAGGAAGGAGCCACUGGAGACCCUGAAGAGCUAUCGCCUGUGUGAUCCUUCUGAACAAAAGUUAUAUGGAAAAUCACCUCUGUUUGGACAAUAUUUUGUUCUGGAAAACCCAGGAACGAUCCAAGUGGGAGACCCCGUGUACCUGCUGGGCAACUAAUAGGGUCGUAGACCUGGUAUUGAUGCCUAGAGAAAUGCCCUUGAAGAAGCCAGCGCUUGAAGAGCAGGGUUUUGGAAUGGCCACUGCAGCCUUUUCUUUAGAAAAAAAUUUUUGGCCAAGAUUUCCCUUUUUUGGAUUUUCUUGUAUCUCAGUGCUUCCGGGAGCUCAGUGCACAAAGCAAAGAAGUAACUUAGUAAAACUUCUGGAAGAUCCUUACAUGAGAAGAAAGGUUUCUGAAAACUCUAUGGAACUAUGAUUGUGGGAUAAUUCUCCUUCUUCACUCACCUACCAGCACAUUAACUUCCAUCAUCAAUAAGUGAGUGAGAGGAAAGUUCUGGAAUGUUUUAAUGCCCCAAUGCAUGGUGAAUGAAGUGGAAGCCCACUAUCUCCCCAUGUAAGACUGGAAAUACAUUUUGUUUUUUUCCUUGAGCCCUGGGCUUGCUUUUGAAGGGGCACCAAGAGCCUGCCUGUCAGGUAACUGAAGAUGUUCACUUGUCAUGCAUCAUACAUCUUUCGUACAUAUCUACAAUUUUUUCAUGCAUCUAUUGCUUUUCAGAUAGUGUCGAUGAGGAUUUGAUGGAUCCUUCAUGGCAUGCAUUGCUGCUACAGGACAACAGAAAUAUUAGGGUAGAGGCCUCCCUGGUGACUCAGGUGGUUGAGCACAGCGCAAUGUGAAGCUGUCUGCAGCUUCUGCAGUGCGGGUUCGAUUCUGGCUGGCUGGGGAGAUACACACCUGGCAUGGCAGACCUCUCCUGUCUCGCCUGCUCCUCCCCUCAGCAGUGUAUUUCAAUCUGCCUGUUUUGUUCCUUCCUCUGUCUCUGGUGAAUCCACUCACCCUCCUGCACAUCUGGCCUGUGCCCCAGUUCUUGUAUAAAUAAAUAAAUCUUUUAAAAAAAAGAAAAAAAAAGAAAUGUCAGGGUAGAAAAUCAACUCAUAAAUCAAUAAAGUGGGGGAAAAAAGAUGAAAAUCAACUUAAUGUGAGCAGCCGUGGUGACACCCUGACAUGGGACAUGAGAAAAGCAAGAGAAGCAAACCCUUUCUUGCCAUGAAACAAAAUGUCAAGUCUGUCUCCCUCAUGAUCCAAAAUUUUCGAGCACAGGAGGCGUAGUCUGAUGUCUGAGAUGCUGUUGGAUGUUGCUCAGGGAAAUGCCCGCGCAGAGAACGGCCUGACAGCUGCUGCCACCUGGCGGCCCUGCGUGGUGGCUCAGCCCAUGCUGUUGGAAAACUUGAAAAAUGCUGGUGGGUGGGUCUUAGUUUUCUAUCCUAGGAAAAGUUGUUUAGAAGGGAAGCCGGUGUUGUGCUUGGUGUUGUCUGCUGGCCUGCCGUAGGCAGUGGGUUUCCUACAGCACUCGGAGGGGCUGUGAUGUUGCGGGUCCUGCUGGGUUCUCCAUGGCAGGAUGCUCCUCCCCAGAUUCAGGUGAAAUGGAGCUGAAGUCCAUGGAUGAGAAGAAACAUGAUUGUGUGGUUUGAAAUAAACCAUUGAAAACCCUUCAAAGGAGAAGAGGAAACCAUGCCAGCUGUUUUAAAAAAAAAAAACAAUAUUUAAUUUUCCUACUGAUUGAAUUAUAUGACUCUUAAGAUCUGAUGAAAUGUAUCAUUUGCCCUUUUUUCGCUUUGAUUGUAUUAAGGAGCUGACUCAAUCAUGAAAAAAUGUUUCAAAACUGUAAAUAAAGGGAAGUGACUUACUAGCUUCAGACUAGUUUCAGACCUUACUAGCUUCCUGGCUCACCAUCUGAAGUCACCCAGUUUCGAGGGUCAGACUUUGAGAACGGAUGUAGGUGAAGGUGAGAGUCGGUAAUUCUGCCACCGGCCCGGAGCUGGUCUCUUACAUGGGCCAGCUCAUACCAGCCUCCCGGGGCAAACAACCAUCUUUGAAGGGCUGUCAGGAGAGCAAGCUUUUAUCCAAGGGCUGUGUGUUUUCCACAGCCUCUCAGAAUCACUGGGACGUAGCCUAGCUCGGAGAUAAAGGUACGUGUGUGUGUUUUCUGCUCGGUGAAUAACUGCAAUUUGUUUUCUGCACAUUUGGUGUGAUGUGGAGGAUGAAAGCAGUCAGCUCAUCUCACCCAUCGCCUCCCCCGGUAGGUCCACUGUAGCUGGAACUACGGAUAGGUGGAGGCAGAUGUCAGAGUCCAACAACGAACUUUAUGCAGGAGCUUGGGGAACCCAGGACAGGCUCACAUAGGAGUUAGGGAACCACUUGGCUAUGGAUGGUCUGAGAGCCCCGUCCUUAGGGAUACUUCCCGAGGCUGGGUAGGGAGCUUUUCCUAGAUAUUUAGCAUUAGCACACGCUGAAUGCCUACCUUGGAUUUUUAAUCCUUUGCAAGUAGUCACAUCCACUUUCUUGGCGACCAGACUGAGUGGGCCACACCUCCUGCUGGCCUGCCACUCCCCGCAUGGCAGAGGACCCCUGGUGGUGGAAAGUCUCCUACUUCUCAGGAUGUGUGGGAAAUGCCUGUUAGAACAGAGGGUCCCGUGGCCUCUCGAGUCUCAGAGUAGUUGCCCAGCCUUCUGUCAGUGAGAUUUAAAAGCCAUUUACUUGUGUUUAUUUUAUAUUUAAUGAGAGGGUUCAUGCCACAGGCAGGCCUAAUGUCUCGUUUAUUUUGGAUACUGAACGUUUGCACACAAUUCCACUUGAAAUAUAGGAGCAGGAGCACAGACCCUCAGGAAGGUCUCCUCCUGGGUGUGGGUGAUGGGCAUUUGAGGUCAGGCUGAUACCCCCCCUUGGUGGGCCUAUCAUUCUGGGUGUCAGCUUCAUGCAGCUGUCACUGUGGAGCUACAGGCCCAGCAGUGGCUAUCUGAGGGAGAGGAGAAGGGACAGAGUGGGAAAGAUUCUGGGCAGCCUGCUCAAGGCCCACUUUCUUGGCUUUUCCACAGAAAAUUUAGAAAUUUGCUACCAGGAGAGAGAAGAGGCCACUUAGACACACCAGGUCAGAAAGAGAUCCAGGUGGGCUGAUGGAAGUGAGUCAAUUGCUAUCAAUGAGGAACAUACUUUCUCUCCCUCAGUGAUUUGGGGGAUCCUCCUCCUUCUGUGAUAUGGGGUACCCUCCUCCCACCCUCCUCUCCUCCCACAUGGAUGUGAUGUGGGGGCAGGAGAUGCACUUGGGGGCAGCUGCCCAUGUGGCCAAACUCAGGAGAGCCUGACUAGCAGGAGUGCCUUGGGAGGCCCUUUGUGAUACUGUCCCUGAGAGUUAUGGCAGCUGGUGGCCAAUGCUGAGAGUGUGACAGGUGAAUAAAGCCCACAAUGGUGAAUCCACUGAGUGACCAGUGGUCACUCACAGAAGCCCCGAGCCUCUCAGACCAGACAUCCCUCCACUGUAGGUCCAAUCGGAGUAUUGGAGCCAGGCCACACCGCUGCCCUCUCCUAGCCACCAUUGGGCCCAGGAAUUUGGAAGAUUGCCUGUGAAAAAAACCCCAUAGCAAAAAAUUCCAUGGGCCAAAACUGUAGGAAGUGCUGAAUGCCUCACUCCUUUUCAAAGGCCCAGCUGCCGGUGGAAGGCUGUGGGGACCUGCAGACGAGAGCACCACUCUCCCCAAGGCGCUCCUUCUGGUCUCUGGAGAAAAUCUGCUCUGAACUCUAAGGGAGCACCAGCCAGGGGCAAGAAGGGUGACCAGCAGGAGGUGCCUUCUUGGGAAGUUUCAAGCUGUUAACACUUGGAGGCCUCGGAGAUGCUUCCUCUCGUUGUCUCCCUGGUCCCUGUGACUUGGGUGGGAGGAUGCGACUGAGGCUAAAGAGGCUGAUGGUAUGGAAAGGGUGUCUUAGACCAGCUCUCCUAUCACAGGCCGAGGGAGAAGUAUUCACUUUGCUCUCAUCUUCCAAACCUAUUCAUGUAUGGAAGGGUGUGCCCUGAUAGAGAGGUGGGGUGACACGUCCUGGCCUUGCAGCAGUACCACGUGACACAUUGGACCAGGCUGCCUGCUGCACCAGGGAGGCACCAUCUCUCUGUCUGCUGGCUUUCCCUUUCCCUCCCCUUCCCUUUCUCAGUGAGAGCUGCCUCCCCCACAGGAAGCACAUACUCACUUGUUCACUUCAUACUGUGAUCUUCUAUCAGAAAGAACGGACAUUGUUGGCUUCUCCAUUUUCAUAGAAAGUGGACAAGUGUGUUAUUUUAGUGUCUGAAGUUAUCCCAUUUCAAGCCAGCAGAGGAAUCUGGCUCAGCAUUUAAAUGUUCUUGGAAUUGGGAUGAUAAAAAUGUGCCUGCAAUUAAACCUUUGUCUGCUUGCGCUGCCCUGUCUUCAGUGGAAGAGGCCCAGGCCUUGGUUUUAACUAUGAUCCUGUUUUCCCUGAAAACAUGACUAAUAGGGGACUAUUGGGGCCUCCUGGGGCUAACAAUAUGAAAGCCAUGUUCUCCCUAGCUCAGAAAUAGAAGUUGAUCUGAUGACAUUAUUAGUCUUCCUGGACAGGUUAUAGGUUAUAUUAUGGAACAGGCUAAGAAGUGACUUCCAUCCCUAUCGUCCAAGAUUGAUCAUGAUAGGUGAGUCAAGUUCACACAUUUGGCUCUUGACCAAUCCAGUCAAUCACCCUGGUGGUCCACAGUCAUGCUCUACCUUCAUAGAACAUUCCAGACUGCCCUUCCACCAGCUUCCCUCAUGAAACCCAUGGUCCUUGACAAUUGCCUUUCAUUCUCUCUACCAUCUCCACUUGUCCCUGGCCUGCGUCUUCAAUAGUCUGGACUCUGGUCCAUAUAGAGUCCUUUGGAAUGGAGGUCAGGUACCACACCUGUCUCUCUCUUUGGGAUUUGCUGGGAGUAUUGUAAAUAAAGUAUUGUUGUCACGAUAUUUCUAGUGAAUAUUUUUAUACCCAAUAAAGUCUCAGAGAGAUGACAUUGGCUUGGGCUAGAGAAGGGCCACCUCUUCAUGACUUGCCCAGCAAUUAAAGGAGCUUGUUAGUCAGUCGGAGGCCCAGGACGGCCGAGGACAGCUGGAGAGCUCUUCUUUGCAAGCAGCUCUGGUUAACAUCAACCAGGAAAGCCCUUUGUAAACACAUGAAUAAUUGAUCGUGCAGCGCUCACAUAGCUACUGAGGAUCUGAGCCCCGAUGACUCAUUUGCGAGCCAUUCCUGUCGUCUGGAUGCCAUAACAUUGGAGAAAUGAUGAUUGUUUCUUGGAGAUUCUUCUGUGGCCAGAGUUGCCAAGACCCAGGCUGUAAUGGUUUGUUAUGAUGACCUUUGUUAUUCCAUUAGGCUCAAUUGCUUUAAAAAAUGAUGUGUGCAUACUUUAGGAGCGAUUUUACCCUUUAUGUUGACCUGACAUCAUAGUUUAUAUUACGCACUGUAUUAAUGACAGAGGAGUGUUUUCAUGUCCCAAGGACAAAUUUUAACAACCAUAAUCUGCCCUUAGUCAUCAUAAAUAUAAAUGUAUUGGUCAAACAGAUCUCGUUAAUGUGGCCAAGAUAAAUGCAAGUCUAUAUUUUAAGGCCGUUGAAGUCCUAGAGAAUGAAUAUAUUUGGAGCUUUUCAUGGGGCUAAGAAAUCUUGUAUAUGUGCUAUCAAAAGGCUGAGAAAAUGAACACUUCCCCCUCUGGUUUUGAGUUGGACAGAUAUAAAUGUUUCUUGGGGAUGUCAAGUGAGAUUGUUCUCAUUGUUUCUGGACACCAUUAGUGCCUGUGGGGUGAAUCUUAGUUCUUAAAGCCAUAUUCUUCUCAUUAUGCUCAUAGGGCUUUGGAAAGAAGCGAAGAUUUCAUGUUCUAGGCAUAUGUUGCUCAACCACAUUUUCCUGAGUUACACUGCGUUGUAAAGUUUUAAUUGUAUGCAUCCUCCCUCUGCCCCCAUGUCUUGCUUCUUAUAAACUGUGUCCCUUCUCUGCAGAUGUGUGUGUGACAUUUUGCUUCAUUCAGCUGGCAAUGCAAGUGCUGG